GCACACGCAGUCUUCGUUGUCCGUCCGUCGAUCGCACUGUGUGCGUUGUUGUGUUUGUCGUUCUCGUCGUUUUCAGUGCGCGCGUAAUUUUAUUUUAUAUGCGAGCGUGUGUUCGUGUCAGCGAUCAUAUAUAUAUUUUUUAAACAGUACUGUACUGGUAUAACACACGUAUUGAACGCCGUACCGAACAAAUAGCCAAAUAUCGCAUUCGAAUUGUGCAAAAAAAUUAUUCAUUUUCGAUUGUUUUUUUGCUGGACGUCAGCGACCUGUUCUAUGUUGCCAUUCGAGCUCCCCGUGUUGACGGAUGGACCGUCUUAAACACCCUGUGUUAUGAAACCUAUUACGUUUGAAAAUCUCCGACGGCUCAUCGGUGGCCGCCGGAAGAAUAAAGAUCGUAAUGAUCAAUCGCCGUUUAAACGUAGCGAAUCGUUCAAACGGAUAUCUAUCAGGAAAAACUACCUCGACAAUCGAGGCCAAAAAGGCGGUAGGAACCCAACGAGAAAACAUUUACCGUUGCCGGAUCCGCCAGUGACGACGUCCGAGAGUCGCGACCGGCAGGAGCCGAACAGACGUAGAUCGGUUACACCGCCGCCGCCUAAACUGUCCGCCGCCGAUCGUUUACCCGAUGUGCCAUCCGCCGUCUCGGCGCCCGUCAUAGACUAUGGUGAAUGGAUAAGGUGCAUACGAGCCGAAGAGGAUCUGAAUAAUUUAAAGAAAAUAGUCACUCCGCCAACGCCGCCAGCCAGGUAUUACCGGGACCGAUACAAGGAGUUGGACGACAGUAGUCGUGCCGAUUCGGCCAUCAGUCUGGGUCGCGUGUGGAUGGACGCUCCGAUGUUACCACCAGCCGCGCCCAGGAGUCUGGAGCUACCAGCUCGGCCCGUGACCGACAACGACCGAAGAGCCCACCAUUCCCUCGAGAGUGCGUUAAAGGAGAAACGCGACGACCGACCGGUACCUAUGCGCCGGUUCCAUCGGUACCCUCAUGCCGAUUCCAAGUCGGCGUCUCGGUCGUCCAUGGCCACGUCGACUUGUUCCGGCAAAGAUUCUGGAUUCAGCGUGUCUGCUCCGGGUUUGUCUGAUUUACCUCAGUCGUCCAGACAGUUGUUUAGGAAAAAGGCGACAAAGCAACGGCCAUCCAGUUCUGCCGUGCACUAUCACCACCAGCACGGCUCGCCUUCGGUGUCCUCACAAGAGUUUUACCAGGUAGUAGUAGCAAGAGCGCCACUGCGGUACCAUCAACAGCUCAAGUUGGACCCUAUGAUGUUCGUAGCGCCCGAAAAGCGUCGAGUCACCCCGACGGCCUCUAGUAUUCAAAAGCGUUCGGUCGUCGAAGUAAGAGACUACUGUGUGCCGAAGGACGCCCGUUUAGAGCUGCGCGAGGACGAGCAGUUGGAAGAUAGACUUUACGAGUCCAUAUCCAAAGGUCGAUGCCGUUGGCAAGAUACCACGGACGACGCAGAUACCGAAGACGAUAGGGCCGUUACUCCCGCGAUCGUCGUUAAUCCCGCGGCUUCCAGGAACCGUGUCAAGAGGAAGAAGUCGGCACGACGAAACAUAAAAUAUGUGGUGAAACCUGUGCGGAGAGCACCGUCGGCAGUGUCCAGAAGGCCCAGUAUAGCGACCAAGACGAAGGCCGCCUGGAUCACAAGUGACAUCACCCAAAAAGGAUACGAGAAGAAGAGAACGAGACUUCUGGCUCCGUAUGUCCCUAAACAGACACAAGCUGUUCCCCCUACGUCGGCAUCGUCCAACAGCAAACAGCCGAGUGCUCAGCAUCAGCAUCAACAGCAUCGAACCAGGCGCACACAAAGACGGGUCACACAUAAUGAAAAAAGAUAUCAUUCAGAAGUUAGACAAGAAGCCGUCCAACAAGCUCUGGCCGCUAUGCAGUCAAGACCUAAACCUUCCUUGCCGAUGCCAAGUAAACGCACUUCGGUAAUGGCUCGAAGUCCGGAUCGAUCAACAAGAGCUCGAAACGAUACUGAUUCGAGCUCAGAUGACGAUAGUGUUGGUGAUCAAGCACCUGGAAAAAGUGAUAUUAGAGAUGGUCGUGAUAGCAGUGGUCGUGGAGAACGUAGUAGUGGUGCGGACACCAGUAGUACCGGUGGUUCAACUAGGGAUACUCCAUCACAUGCUAAGUCCAGUCAAUCGUCAACCGUUCAACAGCAACAAAUAAUACAGCAACACAGACAUCACCACCAUUAUCAUCCUACAAAAAUUCCUAAUGGUGCUCCAGGUAGUGGUAUAUCGAGUAAUAAUAUACCCAAUUACUGGGAUGAAUCUAAAACGAUCAUGGAGACAAAAGAACAACAAGACAAAUUAAAACGUAGUAAGCCUGAAGUUGCUGAAAUAUCUGAUGUUGUGCAAAGUGUUCGACCACCAUAUCCACAACCACCCGAUGUAACGAAUAAUGUGACUCAGUCUAGGAGAUUUACUCCAGCUGAUCGAGUUAAUCGAUAUAGUAGAGAUUCUAGACAAUCGUCAAGCGAUGACGGUAUGGGUACUGUUUCAAGUAGUGGUCGAUGGAAAGUUUCGGCUAAAAUACAGCAGUUAUUGAAUACUCUCAAAAGACCAAAACGACGUCCUUUACCAGAGUUUUACGAAGACGAUGACAUGGAACUGGAGAUAGCUGCCAAUCCAAAGGAUCCUAAUGCUCCACGACCAGAAGGCGCGUAUAUGUCCCCAGCUAUAGGCGAACCUUUAUCCGUUCCUUCUGGUCUACCACGUAACUUGGAAGCAGCUCUUCAACGUUAUGGUUCGAGCACUUUUAAAGCACCAGUAGCAACAGUACUCGAUCCUAAUGGCAAACUUAGCAUCACAUUAACAUAUGGUAAACUUCUAAGCAGAUCUCAUAAAGUAGCAUAUACUCUCCUCAAUCGUCCACUAGUCAAAGGCAUCGGUGGUGGAGAGUGUUUAAAACAUGGUGACCGUGUAGCUCUAGUCUAUCCAAAUAGUGACCCCCUCAAUUUCUUGUGCUCUUUCUAUGGAUGCCUGUUUGCUGGCAUCGUACCAGUGCCAAUUGAAGUGCCAUUAACUCGUCGUGAUGCGGGUUCACAACAAAUAGGGUUUUUACUUGGUAGCUGUGGUGUUCAGGUUGCUCUUACAUCCGACGCAUGCCUUAAGGGUAUGCCCAAAACAGCUACUGGUGAAGUAGUUGCUUUUAAAGGCUGGCCAAAACUGCAUUGGUUUGUUACUGAACAUUUACCUAAAACUCCGAAAGACUGGUGCCCACCACCACAUGUUGGAGAUGAUACUGCUGCAUCUUACAUAGAAUAUACUACUGACAAGGAUGGUUCUGUAAUGGGCGUCAGUGUCAGUCGCACGGCCAUGUUAAACCAGUGUAGAGCAUUGACUCAGGCAUGCAACUACACCGAGGGUGAUACAAUGGUGUGCGUAUUGGACUUCAAACGUGAGACUGGUUUAUGGCACUCAGUGUUAACAUCUAUACUAAAUGGAAUGCACAUUAUAUACAUACCUUAUGCUUUGAUGAAAGUUAAUCCAGCUUCCUGGAUGCAAAUGAUUACUAAGUAUAGAGCUAGCGUAGCUGUAGUGAAAUCUAGAGACUUACACUGGGGUUUAUUGGCGACUAAAGAUCAUAAAGAUAUUGUGCUGAGUUCACUGAGAUUGCUUUUGGUUGGUGAUGGUGCAAACCCAUGGUCGCUAUCUUCAUGUGACCAAUUUUUAGCUGUUUUUCAACCUAAAGGUUUACGUUCUGACGCCUUAUGUCCAUGUGCGUCCUCCAGUGAAUGUUUAACUGUAUCUGUUCGAAGACCCGGUAGAGCAGGAGUGAAUGCUACUGGGCGGGGUGUGUUGUCUAUGUCAGGCUUGAGUUAUGGUGUAGUACGUGUUGAUCAAGAGAAUUCUCUAACAUCGUUAACUUUACAAGAUUGUGGUCAAGUAAUGCCAAAUUGUUCAAUGAUAGUGGUAAAAAUGGAUGGUAUUCCAUAUAUGUGCAAAACAGAUGAAGUAGGAGAAAUUUGCAUGGGUGGUCUAGGUACAACUACAUGUAACUAUUGGGGGCUACCUGGAUUGUCUAAUGCUACAUUCCGAGUAACACCUAUCGGUGAAGAUGGAAAACCUAUGGAUGAUACUAUCGAGUAUACAAGAUCAGGACUAUUGGGAUUCCUAGGACCUGGAGGCCUUGUCUUUGUAUGUGGUUCUCGGGAUGGACUGAUGACUGUGACUGGACGAAAACACAAUGCUGAUGACAUUAUUGCUACUGUACUGGCUGUGGAGCCAAUGAAGUUUAUUUACAGAGGAAGAAUAGCAGUAUUUGCCAUACGAGUACUAAGAGAUGAGCGAAUAUGUGUCAUAGCUGAACAACGACCUGAAUGUAGUGAAGAAGAGAGCUUCCAAUGGAUGUCCAGGGUACUACAAGCUGUUGAUUCCAUUCAUCAAGUUGGCCUUUAUUGUUUAGCUCUAGUACCGCCGAAUUAUUUACCCAAAACUCCUUUGGGUGGCAUACAUUUGUCUGAAUGCAAAAGAAGAUUUUUGGAUGGCAACUUGCAUCCAGCAAAUGUAUUAAUGUGUCCUCAUACAUGCGUCACAAAUCUACCAAAACCUCGUGAAGUACAUUCAGUUGGCGGUACUGUUUCAGAAGUGGGACCUGCUUCAGUAAUGGUUGGUACAAUAGUUCAAGGAAACAGGCUAGCAACUGCACAAGGACGUGAUAUAGGAAUCAUUGAUAUGGAAUCUGAUUCCAAUAAAACUUAUCUAUUUAUAUCUGAAAUUCUAAAAAUGCGAGCCAUCAGGGAUCCGGACCAUGUAAUAUUCACUUUAUUGAAUGCCAAGGGCACAGCAGCAGCCAAUUUGACUUGUUUGCAGUUACACAAACGAGCAGAAAAAGUGUCUAAUUUACUGAAUGAAAAAGCAAAAGUGAAUACAGGCGAUCAUGUAGCAUUAAUUUUCCCACCUGGGAUUGAUCUCAUAUGUGCGUUUUAUGGUUGUUUGUAUAUUGGUGCUGUUCCUGUCACCAUUCGUCCUCCACAUCCACAAAAUCUUCAGACUACUCUACCAACAGUUAGAAUGAUAGUGGAUGUUAGCAAAUCGACCUUAGUUUUAUCUAACCAAAAUGUUAUCAAGCUUUUAAAGUCAAAAGAAGCUAGUAAUGUGGUUGAUGUGAAAUCGUGGCCUACAAUUUUGGACACUGACGAUGUUCCUAAAAAGAAAAUUGUACCUUCUUAUCGCGCUCCCACAGCUGAACUCUUAGCGUAUUUAGAUUUCAGUGUUUCUACGACUGGGAUGUUGGCCGGCAUAAAAAUGUCACACGCAGCGGUAACAUCUUUAUGUAGGUCCAUGAAAUUGGCAUGUGAAUUGUAUCCAUCUAGACACAUUGCUUUAUGCUUGGAUCCUUACUGUGGUCUUGGAUUUGCUUUGUGGUGCUUAAGCAGUGUAUAUUCUGGUCAUCAUUCAAUCCUUAUCCCCCCAUCCGAAAUAGAAAUUAAUCCUGGACUUUGGCUGUCAGCUGUUAGUCAAUAUCAAGUUCGAGAUACAUUCUGUUCAUAUGGUGUUAUGGAGUUAUGCACUAAAGGACUAGCAUCAUCUGUUGGGUUACUUAAACAACGUGGGGUGAAUUUAGCUUGUGUACGAACAUGUGUGGUUGUAGCUGAAGAAAGGCCAAGAAUUAAUUUAACAACUUCAUUUUCCAAAUUAUUUUCUGCACUUGGCUUAAGUUCUCGAGCAGUAUCAACCAGUUUUGGCUGUCGUGUAAAUGUAGCCAUAUGUCUACAAGGAGCAUCUAGUCCAGAACCAUCUUGUGUAUAUGUUGACCUUCGAGCUCUCAGAAAUGAUCGAGUGUCUUUGGUUGAACGUGGUAGCCCUCAUUCUUUGUGCUUACUCGAGUCUGGUAAACUCUUGCCAGGAGUCAAAGUCAUCAUUGCCCAUCCAGACACUAAAGGUCAUUGUGGCGACUCACAUUUAGGAGAGAUAUGGGUACAAGCACCACAUAAUGCCAGCGGAUACUUUAGCACUAUAGGAAAUGAAACUGCAGAUGGUGGUAUUAGUUCAGAUCAGUUUAAUGCUAGGUUAGUAACUGGUAGUACAGGUGAAGUUUAUGCCAGAACUGGAUACUUGGGUUUCUUACGACGUACCGAAUCAGUGGCAACGCCUACAAGUGCUACUCAAAAUUCAACAGAUACCAUUGACAUUAUGUCUCUUAGUGAUUUAUCUCUAGCUUCUUCAAAUCAAUCUACUCUAAGCAGUAAUGCUCUUAUUUCUACUGAGACACCAGAACUUCACGAUACUGUUUUUGUGGUUGGAGCUUUAGAUGAAACAAUUAUACUGCGUGGUAUGCGUUAUCAUCCAAUUGAUAUUGAAAAUAGUGUCAUGCGGUGUCAUAGGAAAAUUGCUGAAUGUGCUGUUUUUGCGUGGACCAAUCUUCUAGUAGUUGUUGUUGAAUUAGAUGGAAAUGAAAGUGAAGCACUUGAUUUAAUACCAUUAGUAACUAAUGUUGUACUUGAAGAACAUCAUUUAAUUGUUGGAGUUGCUGUAGUAGUCGAUCCUGGUGUUGUGCCUAUUAAUUCACGUGGUGAAAAACAGCGUAUGCAUCUUCGUGAUGGGUUCUUAGCUGAUCAACUUGAUCCUAUCUACGUUGCAUAUAACAUGUGAUUCAGAAAACAUUCAUCUAGUUUUAUUUUUAGAUAAAUUUAUAGUUGUGAUACACAAGAUAGUUGUUAUAAAAAGUGUAAUGGAUAUCAUGUAGGUAACUUAAAUUAUAAUCGAAUUUAAAGAAGAAAAGAGAAACCAACCUUAGCUUUAAUAUUAUAAUGAAAACUUAAUUUGUCUUUUGUGAGAUAGUUAGUAUUUAUUAUUAUUAUUAUUUAAUAUUUAUGUUAAUUUUAAGUUGCCAUAAUAGUUCGUCUCGAGGUUGUGAUAAAUUCCCAGGCGACCAUUUCCUCCUAAUUAUUGCUUCUCCUUCUUCAAUCCUUUUUGACUAUCAUAUGACCUAGUCGUAUAUUACUAUACACAUUUAUUUAUAAAGUUAUAUUAUUAAAAAUUAAAAAAAAUUAUUUGAAAAGACAUUUUAUAAAUCAUUAAAUACUACAUAGCUUCUCUUAUUCUUUUAUAUUUAUAAGUACAUGCAAAACUAUUUGUCUAUAUAGAUUUAUGUAUAAAUAAUGUGCAAUUGUAAUUGAUAAAUUUUAUUUUGGACAUCUUGUAAUGAUAAGACAUGCAUGCAAUUACCAUUUAAGCAAUGUCUUUCAUUAAAAUACCGAUCAUUCUAAAAUAUUUUUGUAAAUAAAAAUAUAUUUAGUGAAUAUACUUUAUACAUAUAUUCUAUGUAAAAAAAAUUUGUGUAUGAAAAGUACACAUUUAUUUGUUUGUUUGUUUGUUUUUUUUUUUUUUUAAUUAGGCAUUUUUCAUUGUACACAAUAAGAAAUAGAUGCCAAAAUGUUGUAGCGCUCAUAAUUUUUUAUUACAUUAAUUAUAUUAUGCAUAAAUAUAGGUAUAUAUUAUAUGUAUAAUACAUUUUUGGUUGUACCUUGUGUUUUUGUG